UCGUACGCGAGACCGAAAUCGGAUCGGUUGGAACGAACCAGAACGGACUAACCUACCUAUCGUACACUUCGGUUCCUUGUUUACUAUGUGCGAAUGUUGCUUUCUCUUUCUUUUCAAAUUUUCUGUAUGACGUGUUUCAUCUUAGCAGCUAUUAAGUUUUAAUUACUAGCAGUAAAAGAUCGAUGUAAUAAAUAUUAAUCGCAAUAGCUGAACAUACAUGCACAUUACUAAUUUCCGUGGUAUUUAACCAUGCACGUUACGAUAGCCGAGUAAAUUGAACUGAAUGUAAUCGUGCGUCCGUAACUUUUCCUUUGUGUAAUAAUUAUCUUAACAUUUGUUUCUUAUCAACAAUUUUACGUCCAUGUAGAUAAUUACAAGUAUUUGUAGAUUAUUAUUAAAAGUUUAUUUGGACGGUAUUAUUUAUAUCUGUAUUCGGAAUAUUCGAACCGCAAUUUGACGCGACAGUUUUAAAUAUAUAUGCAUUUGUGUCACAAAACUGUAAAUAUGCAUAGAAUUUCAUUCGGGCAAAAGCGAACAUUGUUUUUGAGUAAAGCACAGAGGAGCAUAAAAGAAAAAUUAACCAUCAAUACGAAAGUAAAGACCACCGUAAAAAAACAAAAUCAAUACUCUGAAACUGUGUUGCUUCCACGCACUGAAUUUCCAGCACAACUUAAUGGACAAAAACGGAUAGAAAAGGAUGAGUAUUUAACCACAAAAUGUGGUUUCUCCGAAUUGUACAAUUGGCAAAGGAAGAAUUUAUCAGGUCCAGAUUUCGUUUUACACGAUGGACCUCCUUACGCAAACGGAACUCCACACAUGGGACAUGUUAUUAAUAAGAUUCUUAAAGACAUAACAUUAAGGAAUAAUGUUAUACUUGGAAAUCGAGUUCACUAUGUUCCUGGCUGGGAUUGUCAUGGACUUCCUAUUGAGUUGAAAGCCAUUCACGAUAUUAAUAUACAAGAGCCCUUAACAAUUAGGCAAAAAGCUCGUAAAUAUGCCAAUGAAGCUAUUACUAAACAGAAACAAAGUUUUCAAUCUUGGGGUGUGAUGGCUGAUUGGAGCGAAUCUGGAUGCUACUUAACAAAUCAGACUUCGUAUAUAAAAAAUCAACUCCAACAAUUCAUAAAGUUAUACGAGAAAGGUAUUAUAUUUAGGGAUUUUAUGCCAGUUUAUUGGUCUCCUUCCUCCAGAACAGCAUUAGCAGAAUCUGAAUUAGAGUACAACAAGCAACAUCAAAGUAAAGCUGUAAUUGUUCGUCUGCGUGUUGAUAACUUGCCAAAACUAUUAGAUUCAUUCAAAGAUCGUGCUGUAUAUGUACUCGUUUGGACUACUACUCCUUGGACUUUAGUAGCUAAUCAAGCUGUGGCUUUCUUGACAAAUGCCAUAUAUUGUCUUGCUGAAGAUAGCAAUGGAAACUUAAACAUCGUUGGGAAAGAAUUGUUGAAUAAUGUUGAAUCAAAAAUUGGUCCCCAGAAACCACUAAUAGACAUUGCAGGCAAGGAAUUGGAGGGCACCAUGUAUUUUCAUCCUUUGAAGAAAGAGAAAUUACCCCUUUUAGCUGCAAAUCAUGUUACAAUGGACCUGGGUACUGGCUUAGUUCAUACUGCUCCCGCACAUGGCUCAGACGAUUUUCUGGUUGCACUUGAAAAUGGCAUACCUGUUUUAUCCUUGGUAGACAGUGAAGGUCGAUAUACUGAAGCAGCUGGUACAGAAUUUCAUGGAUUGGAAGUAUUAACGGAGGGAACUGAUAAAGUUUUAAAUCACAUAGCACAAGAUGUCUUGCAUUUUGAAAUAUUCACUCAUAGUUAUCCUUACGAUUGGCGAACAAAGCAACCAGUUCUUAUGCGUGCAAGUAAUCAGUGGUUCAUCGAUAUAGAUUCUCUUAGAGAAAAAGUCAUUGCCAGCCUCGCAGACGUAAAGAUAUAUCCUAAGUGCAAUCGCACAUCUUUUACAAACGCUUUACUUGCUGGGAUUAAGGGACGACCGUAUUGGUGUAUUUCACGACAACGUUCUUGGGGCACGCCUAUACCUGUACUUUACAGCAAAACAACAGGCAAAGCAUUUACGAGCAGAGCAUUGGUCGAACGUUUGUGUAAUUCAAUCGACCGAUAUGGUCCCGAUUGCUGGUGGAUGUAUUCAACGGAAGAGUUAAUAGGGUCGAAUGUAAUUGAAGAAAUGAAUAUUGCUACAGAUGACGUAGAAAAAGGAAAGGAUAUUAUGGAUGUUUGGUUCGACAGUGGUACCUCGUGGUCAGCAGUUUUACCGGAUGGCAAGGCAGACCUCUAUUUAGAGGGAUAUGACCAAUUCAAUGGUUGGUUUCAGUCGUCCCUAAUAACGUCUGUUGCUUUACAGGAAUGCCCACCUUAUCGUGCGAUAUUUGUGCAUGGAUUUGCAGUCGAUGAAAAUAACAUAAAGAUGUCAAAGUCACAAGGAAACGUAAUAAAUCCGGAAGAACUUUUGUUGGGUGGAUCCAAUUUGAAAAAAACUCCGGUUUAUGGUGUUGAUGUCUUAAGAUGGUGGGCGGCUAAUCAUGGAUGUCAACAUACGCAUGUACCAAUUUCAAAGUCAUUACUCAAUGAAUGCAAAUUAUCUAUCAACAGACUGCGUUUAAUACUACGUUUCCUUCUGGGUGUUUUACAUCCCUAUCACAAGGGUGUGCACUGCGAACCACAGUACCGAAUCAUCGACAAGUUUAUGAUGCACUCAUUAUACUGGUACAACAAACAAAUUCAACAGUAUUACGAUAAUUAUGAAUAUCACAAUGCCGGUAAAACGAUCAUGCACUUCGUAGCGAAUGAUGUGUCAGCGUUAUAUUGUUACUUAAUAAAAGAUAGACUUUAUUGCGACGAGGCGACGCAUCCAACACGCAUUGCAGCUGUUCAAGUUGUAAAAGAAAUUUUAACCAUCCUUUUGAAAACCAUCACUCCAAUUCUUCCACAUUUAGUGGAGGAAGUGUGGUUAUAUCAUACCGAAAAUCAAGCAUCAAUACCAUUCUACUAUACCACGCACAAGAUAUCAGAAUUUUGGAAUGAUCCAGAAAUCGUAAAGUGCGUUGAUGUAGCGUUUCGAUUAAGGGACAAUCUAUUACAAAAUUUUAGUACAAAUACGUGGAAAUUGUCUGGUACUAUAGAAGCUACAAAAGAGGACUUUUCCUCGCUUUCUCUUUUACAAGAUAAAGAACAAUCAUCGAUGUCUGAAUUAUGCGAAAUAUUACAAUUAUCCUCGAUAAUAUUGACUGAAAAUCAUGAAAUUACAGAAACGAAAAUUCAUGUAAAUAAUAUUCAAAAAGAAUUAUGUGAACGGUGUCGAAGGUAUCCCGAGUCUCUGGAUAAAGGUUUGUGUGAACGAUGCGCCAACAUACUUGCUAAAGGUAAACAUGUAAUCACAUAA